CCAAAGGAGGAAAUCCUAUCUGGUUGGUCACACCGAGAAAUACGAUUACUGCCUCAUUUUAACACAGCCGAGCAGACGUAUUGCGCACUGUGAUUCGCCUCACAGAAAGCUUUUUCCACACGGUUAAUACUAUAGGGACGGAUCAUUUUUAUCGAUCUCAUAUGACGGAACUGGCGUAUUAUAGAGGCCGGGAUCAUUACUAAAACUGAACUGGGAUUUGCAGCAGGAUGUCAGAUACCCCUGACGGAACCCACAUUGGGCCGGGAACGCUCUGUCAAAACGGACCUCAGUUCGGCGUUCAGCAGGUGAAUGGCCAGGUGCGCGUUCACGUGUGACAGAUCUCAGCGCCUGUGAUCGCGGACCACUGCGCGCAUUCUUUGGUGAUAACACUGUUUUAAGAAGUGUGCUGCUGAGCUCUCACAAGUUCAAAGAUACACUGGACCAUGAAGCAUCAUCAGUUGUUUAGAUGUUUCUGGCGAACCUUCAUCACUGUACUUCUGUUUGAUGGCACACCAAUGAUGACGAUGUUCAGAGGAUCCUUCACACUGACCCUUAGCAACAUCAGCAUCUCACACCAGGAUGAUGCGCGGAUCACUCACUCUUCUCACGCUGUCACAAAUCGCAGAAGAGAUGUGAAGCCUCUGAUGAGGACAAGGCCAUUUGCAUUAGUGGAUGGAGUUAGAAAAAGCCUGAAAGAUGUUUUGCAGAAUGGUCACCCUGAUAGACUGCAAUGCGGAUUACAAAUAGGAACCAGCUUGUAUAUCCUAGACCUGGAGAAAAACCUGGAUCUUUUGCCAAAGCCACCUAACGUGUUUUACUAUCUGCCAAAUGGAACUGGGCUGUCUAUGGAUCAGAAUCCAGUGAUUCAUUGUUACUAUCAUGGCUCAGUUCAAGGUUUCCCUCAGUCUCGUGUAGCUCUCAGCUCCUGCUCUGGGUUACGAGGACUGAUAGUCAUUAAUGCAACACUGAGCUUUGAGCUGCAUCCUGAGGAAGAAGAUGGUGAUAAAGAGGAAGAGAGGAGUGGAGAAAUGAAAGAUGGAGGGAUGCAUGUGAUCUACCCGACCAAUUCACACACAAAGUCUGGAGGCUGUGGAGUUUCACACAACUCUAUUCCUCCCAUUCAGAUCAUUCCACAAACACACAGAAGUAAGAGAGACAUUCUCUCAGAGACCAAAUACAUUGAACUGGUGCUGGUGGCAGAUCAUAAAGAGUAUGUUAACUAUCAAAAGAAUAAUAAAACUAUGAUCUAUCGUAUGCUGGAUGUUGCAAACCAAGUGGACUGGUUCUACCGGCCACUGAAUGUACGCGUGGCUCUGAUGGGUUUGGAGAUCUGGAGUGACAGAGAUAAGAUCCUGGUGGAUAAAAGUCCCACUGACACUCUAAACCGCUUCCUGGAGUGGAGGACCAGAGAGCUGCUGCCACGACUACCCCAUGACAACGCUCAACUGAUCAUGGGUGAGUCAUUUGGUGGGACAACGGUCGGCAUGGCCUCUCAGUCGUCUAUGUGCUCGAGGGAUCGAUCUGGAGGGGUGAAUGUGGAUCACCUGGUGAGUGUUUUAGGUGUGGCCUCCACGGUAGCGCACGAGUUGGGUCACAACCUGGGAAUGAAUCACGAUACAGCCGACAGACGCUGCCAAUGCCAGAACGAGCCACGACUUGGAGGCUGCAUCAUGGAGCCAUCCACUGGGUUCAUGCCCGGUCAGCUCUUUAGCAGCUGCAGCGAGCGAGAUCUGUCUCUCAGUCUGCUCCACGGGGCCGGGAUGUGUCUGUUUAACAUGCCCCAGCCGGAGAGUCUUCUGGGAGGUCCGCGCUGCGGGAAUCUGUAUGUGGAAAAAGGAGAAGAGUGUGACUGCGGCCUACUGGAUGAAUGUAAUGAUCCUUGCUGCAAUGCCAGUACGUGUAAACUGGUUUCAGGUGCCCAGUGUUCUUCUGAUGGUAUCUGCUGUGAGAACUGUAAGUUGCGCGUGGCUGGGUGGGAGUGUCGGGAGCCAUUGGGAGAGUGUGAUUUGCCGGAGUACUGCACUGGAACCUCCCCUUAUUGCCCGCCCAAUGUGUUCCUGCAGAACGGAGAGCAAUGCAAGGACGGCUCCUCCUACUGCUACAGCGGUGUGUGUGCCAGUCUGGAUGAACAGUGCCAGAUGCUUUGGGGACCUAACUCCACCCGUGCACCUCCUAUCUGCUUCUCCUCUGUAAAUAAACAGGGCAAUAAGUAUGGAAACUGCGGUCUGAUGCCCAAUGGUUCCUUCAUCCCCUGUUCAAAAGGGGAUGUCCACUGUGGUAGGAUCCAGUGUCAGGGUGGGAGUGAUCGCCCCCUGUUGGGAUCCAAUGCUGAGAUUUUGACCACGAAGGUUAAACUAAACCAGAGUGACUUUACCUGUCGGGGGACCUAUUUUAAUCUAGGCGAUGAUGUAUCUGACCCAGCCAUGGUGGCUCAGGGGACGGCCUGUGGGCACAACAAGGCAUGUGUGGACCAGAGAUGCCAUGACAUCUCCAUAUUUGGUGUUGAGGAAUGCCGCAGGAAAUGCAAUGGCCAUGGGGUGUGUAACAGUAAUAAGAAUUGUCACUGUGAUCUGGGAUGGGCGCCUCCUGACUGCAGAUAUUCUGGAACCGGAGGCAGUGUGGACAGUGGGCCUGCACGAAAGCCCAAAGAAUCUGAUCCUGCGCGGGUUGCUCUGCUGGUCAUCUUCCUGUUUGUGUUGCCGGUCGCACUGCUGUUUGUUGCACUCCGGUAUCCACGCUGUCGCCGAAGCCUUGUGUACCUCGGCCACACCCCUUUUAACAAGAGCCGCCAGAGCCGAACUCCUGCCAUUGAGCUUGCUAAUGCUCGAAAUGGAGAUCAAGUACAGCCGCUGAGAUACCAGUGGCCUCGCCAGAGUGACAUUCCUCUCACCCAGGCUAUCAGCAAGGUUCAGAACAGGCCUGCUGCUCCAACUAAACCUCUUCCACCUGAUCCAGUCUCUAAACCAGCUCAGCUGGCAGGGCACUGGCCCGCCCCUCCUACCAAGCCCCUCCCUCCUGACCCCUCCCCCUCAGAGAGCAAGCCCACAAGAAGGCGACCGGCUGCACCAAGAAAGCCCCUUCCCCCUGACCCUGUUGUCUCAGACCGACAGAAUCCUGUUCCCCCCAAACCUCCAGUUCCCAAGAAGCCAUUGCCUAUGGAUCCCUUGUCUCACUCUCCUCAACUCUCACUACAGGGGCAUCCAGCAUCUGCUGCUGCAUCUUCAUCAUCCUCUUACUCACAUAGCCCAGCACCAGCCACGGCUCCUGCCAGACCUGCUCCCCAUCCACCUCUACGGAGACAGCAGUAUCCUGGGAAACUCUGUGCUCCGACCCAGUAUGGCCUAUAAGGAACACUGUGUGAAGCAGACUUGCGCAAAAUUUGCACUGACCCUUAGAAAGGACUUCUACAGCAUGAAACCUUUACGGGGAUGUCUGCAGGAAGACUCUCAUGUGUGCUCUGCAUGUGGAUCACUACUAAAACUGAG